CUGUAACAGGACGCCCGCCCGGAAGUGGGUUCUGGAUAAGACAGUGGAAACGGCAGCCGGUUGCCGCAGACCACAUCUGGGGAGGUCGCCCCUGGACUGUUUCACGACGUGACUUCUCGGUCUAGGAGUUCCGGGGCCUCGCCGUGAGGAAACGUCCCCAGCACCAUGGGGGGCGGCGACCUGAAUCUGAAGAAGAGCUGGCACCCACAGACUCUCCGCAAUGUGGAGAAAGUGUGGAAAGCUGAGCAAAAGCAUGAGGCGGAGCGGAAGAAGAUUGAGGAACUUCAGCGGGAGCUGCGGGAGGAGAGGGCCCGGGAAGAGAUGCAGCGUUAUGCAGAGGAUGUCGGGGCUGUCAAGAAAAAAGAAGAGAAAUUGGACUGGAUGUACCAGGGCCCUGGCGGGAUGGUGAACCGGGACGAGUACUUGCUGGGGCGCCCCAUCGACAAAUAUGUUUUUGAGAAGAUGGAGGAGAAGGAGGCAGGCUGUUCUUCUGAGACAGGACUCCUCCCAGGCUCUAUCUUUGCUCCAUCGGGUGCCAAUUCCCUUCUUGACAUGGCCAGCAAAAUCCGGGAGGACCCUCUCUUCAUCAUCAGGAAGAAAGAAGAGGAGAAAAAAAGAGAGGUAUUGAAUAAUCCUGUGAAAAUGAAGAAAAUCAAAGAAUUGUUGCAAAUGAGUCUGGAAAAAAAGGAGAAAAAGAAAAAGAAGGAGAAGAAAAAGAAGCACAAGAAACACAAGCACAGAAGCUCAAGUAGCGAUCGGUGCAGCAGCGAGGAUGAGCGUAGCCGGGGGAGAUCUCAAAAGAAGAUGGCAAAUUCUUGUCCUGUUUUGUCCAAAGUCCCUGGAUAUGGCUUACAGAUCAGGGACUCUGACCAUAGCCAAAGACUGCAGGGUCCUCUGACGGCUCAACAAAAGGGAGUACACAGGUUGAAGAACCAUUCCAGAUCCAGAAGCUCCUCCCACUCACCUCCCAGACAUGCCAGCAAGAAGAGUACCAGAGAAGCAGGGUCUCGGGACAGGAGGUCGCGUUCCCUGGGCAGAAGGUCACACUCCCCAAGGCCAAGCAAACAGCACAAUUCUAAGGUAACAAGGAGAGACAGAGACCGAACUAAGAGCCCAUCGCCUAAAAAAGAGGUUUACCAAAGGCGGCAUGCUCCUGGGUAUACCAGAAAACUCUCAUCAGAGGAAUUAGAGCGAAAGCGGCAAGAGAUGAUGGAAAAUGCCAAGUGGCGGGAAGAAGAGAGACUGAACACCCUUAAGCGGCAUGCUAAGGAUGAAGAACGGGAGCAGAGGCUGGAAAAGCUGGACUCCCGGGAUGGGAAGUUUAUCCACCGCAUGAAGCUGGAGAGCGCGUCUAAGUCCUCUCUGGAGGAUCGAGUGAAGCGGAACAUCUACUCUCUGCAGAGGACCUCAGUAGCUCUGGAAAAGAACUUCAUGAAAAGAUGAAAACCAUCCCCUCUCUUGUGUUUUCCUGAAUUUUCCAGGGAGGCUGCUGACCCCUUAAACAUUCUCUUUAUAAGAGUUCAUAUGACUUCUUCCACAGAUGUCAAAGCACCACUGUUCAAAGUGACUCUCUUGAUUCCUGAAGCAGCUGACUUCUUUUGAGACACAGUGUGACUUGCUUUAUGGGAAUCUCAGUAAUUUUUUUCUGGGUGCACAGUGGGUCUUGACCUGUUUUUCAAAGAGUGGGCACUAGACCCUCUAGAUGCGAGCUCGCAUCCUGCUCUGGAAGGCUGCUGCUGUGGUUGUUAUGCUUAUUCUGUUAUUUCCCUCCCAUCAGGUGAACAGACUUACCCAGCUCCUCUGUAUAGACCACACCUUGCAGAAACAGCUCUCUCCAGAGUCACCCAGAUAGUGUUUGCUUGGGUAAAUGAACAUAUAUUCGGUAGAUAUGUGACAGAAUGAUGUCAGGUUAGGGUAGAGCCAAGGGAGUGACAGGGAAUCUAGAAAAAAUGCAAACAAGCCCUAAAUGAACUGUUGAACUAUUUGGACUAUCCUUUGAGCUGUAAAAGUAAAAGCUGUAAAAGUGUGUGUAUAUAUACAAAUGUGUAAUUUUUACAUGCUUUUUAAAAAAAGUUAGCUUUGUGAAACUAUCUUAAUUGGUAAAGACUACUAUGUAAGGAAGCCAGAUUGUAUCUUGUUAUGGAGUAACAGUAAGGCAGGGCAAGUGAAUCCAGCUAGCUUAGGAGGGACCUUUGUGUAUUGAUAGGAUUCAGAGUAGCUCCCCUUUUAUAUGGCUUAGUCUCCAAUGUGGGCAGCGUAGUGGUGGAGUCAAAUGAUUUUAAGAGUCAUUAUGCUCCCUAGCUCUUAAAAUAAACAGAAGCUAUUUAUUUCUUGGCUGCCCUUUUAUCAUGUAGUAAUCACAUUAUAAUUCUAGAUUUCCAGGAAUUGUUUGCUACUAUUUUUUGGUCAGGUAUUAAAAAAACGCAAAAACUCCUGGGAUCAAUUUUCUGUCUAUUCCUUCCCCUUCUCUGUUCUUUCCCCAGAAGCCCUCAUUUGACUCUUAGCAGCAACUAGGCACUCUUGACACCCCCUUCCCUAUCCUCCCCUCACACUCAUUGGCUGGAUUAGUUCCUUGCUCUGCUUCUUCUAAAUCUUCUUAAAAUGAAUUUGGAUUUUUAUUUGUGAGCACUUAGGAUGUCAGGCACGAUAAUGCCCAGUCCUUCCCUAGAAAGUAACACUUGUUAUUCAUUUCAUCACCUCAUCCCGAUUCCCUAUGCAAAGGUUAAUUAUGUCUUUCGUUUUAUUACUUAGUAAUAAAGGUUACAUUUAUUUUUGUAACUGUUUAAAGAGCUACCACGUGCCGAGUAAGGAAUUUAGGAGUUGCCAUACAGACCAAUAUUGAUCCAUAGUUGUGUUGAAUAGAGGGAGAUCCUUCGUCCCAGAGGAAUCAUGUAAUAGUGGGUACAGUUUACUCAAAGAUUUUACAAAGUAAACCAGCGAAUAGGCGAUUAUGACU